AUGGCGGAAGCUCAAGCUGAAAUGGAAGAGGAAGAUUUUGAUUUAAUUCUUAGUUUAGAUGACACCGAUGCCGAAAAGGAUGAUAAAACAUCCCCUGUUAUUCGACAGUCGACUGAUGCUUUCACUAUCAAUGAAGUGAUCGCAGUUCUCGAGAGGAUUUCUUCCAGCACGAUAAAAUCCGAAGCUGAAAUAGCCACAACAAUAUUGCGAAAUACGCGCGGGGAAAAAGGUUUUGCCACCUUGGAUUGCUUUGUGUCUGUAUUUGUCCAAUGUCGAGGUUUUUAAUCAGUGCAAUGGUUCGGUGAAGAAGUUUAAAAGGGACAGCGUACGGGUUAUUAGGUUGGAUAAAAAGUUUGCCACUCUGAGAAAUGACAAAGUGUGACCAAUCUAUUUGAUGAUUAGUGGAAAAGGCUUGCAGGAGAUGCCCAUAGUUUUGAGACCUCUGUUGUGGGAAAUGAAGGGUGUUUUUAUCACUGUUAAACUGCUUGGACCACUUACUAUUUAAUUUGAGCAUAAUGGCCUUUUCAAACAUUUGGUUAACAUAGUUUAUAAAUAUGUCAUAUUCUUUGUUUAGGCAGCAUUCUGCUUUGUUAUCUAGAGGGGUUGAUGUGCCCUGUUGCAUGCAGUGAGACUUCAAUUGAUGCAGCAAUGAAUUCAUUGUUGUCUCAUCAAGUUGUUCCCCUUGUAAGACUGGAGUGAGUAGGUGAUUGGAUUGUUCUAGGAAACAUCUCACAUUAUUCUGGUAGAAGACCCAUCUGCAUGUACCUUCUGUUUUUCCAAAACCCUGCACUUUGUUUGCAUAAACUCGAUGAAAAUAGUUUUGAAUACUGUGACUACUGUAUUUCGCACCAAUAAUUUGGUAAAUUAUGUCAAUUAUUGCAUCGUAUUUACCAGGUGCAUAAUUUUUGGUGAAGGGUGCCACUGGAAACACAAGGGUCAUCAUAGAAUAGGGUAUUAUAAAAUAGUUGGGUCCAGAGCAUUUCUUUGUGGCCGAGGUGGUGUGCUAAAUUCUGCUCUUCUCUUGGGUGUAUCCAGGGCCGUAGCUAGCAUGUAUAGUUGGGGGGGGGGGGUGUAGGCCAAGACAUGCGCAAGACAUAGACGCAGAGACAUAUUACAGAAGCAGUGCCGUAGGAAGCUCUUUUUCAUUAGGGGGAACGGAGGCCCGAGGAAAUUUUUAAAUUUAGAGUCCCUGAAAUGCCAUUUCCUUGACUUUGGGAAAGUUUUGACAGAAUACUGAUGGUCAGAAAAAAGCAUUUUAGUAUGUCAAAAUUUACAAUUUGCUUACAGUUUAGUAGUACCAAAUGGGCGAAGACGUAUUUAAUUAACUAUACUGCAUAUUGGAGAAGUUGCAGGAAAAGUAUGGGAGGGCUGCAGUGCCCCCCCCCCCGGUUGCUACGGCCCUGAGAAGUAAUGAACUGAAAAACAUUUACCGAUUUACAAUUUGUUAAAUGUUAUCCAUGUAAAUGCCAUAAUUUCAUAAAUCAGUUUAUACUGACAAUACAAUUUUAUAAUAUUUUCUCUGUUUAACAACUAAAAUUUUGUUCUACUAAUAUUAUUGCCGUAAUUUUCCGAAUGGCCAGCCCGAUUCUCCGAAUAUGUCGAUUCUAAAAAAGUUGAGGGGGUGGUUAACCACCUCCCCCCCCCCCAACACCCCUGCCCUCGCUACGGCCCUGGGUGUAUCAUUGUAUCCUCUCACUGGUGAAACCGUUCUUUUCAAAUUAUUUGACAUAGUUGUAAGAGUAGACAAUUGUAAUAUAAACUAGUUGUGUAUAGUAGAUAUAUACAAAACGUGCUAGACCAAAUUUUAUGUCUAUUUUAUAAAUGUGCACUUUUAAUAGAUAUUUGAUAUUGAACCAAUUAUCAAAGUCGUUUUGGCUUGUUUUUCUCAGUGUCUUUUUAGUUAUAUUAUCUGUGUUGUAUAGUUAAUUUAAAAUACAAAGUGUUUGUUUACCUUUUUAAAAUUUAUUUCGCAAUAAAUAAAUAAAUUUCGCAAUUUUCAUCGUUGUCUGUGUCCGUCUUGACUUGCCUCAAUCUUCCGGUUCGCGCGGCAUAAUUCGAAAUGUCUGCCGAAUAUUUUUCCGUUGUGUCGUGUUUGUUCCCAUAUUGCAAAAAAAGUUCAAAAAAUUAAGUGACAAUAUUUUUACCAAAGAAAGAUCUGAUAAUGGACUAGUCGUCCUUGGAUUUGCUAAGUUCUGGUGACAGUACAAGUUAUUAAUAUUUUACAAAUCGAAGGCCGGUUGGAAAAGCGAAAUUCGCAGUGACGAUGAACCCGAACACUUGUUUGAAAACAAUUCUCAUUUACUCGUUACAUGUUGGCUUCUGGUCAAGGAUGAACAUGCUGGUAAGAAGAACAAGUAUUCCUUUGUCGAUUUAAGAAUAAGAGUGGCCAAAAAACGUUUAAAUUUCUUUUAUAUUCGUAUAUUUUAAAACUAUACGAACCUGGGAAAUUUUUCAACUGUAAUAAAUUUUUUAUGCUGUAUUCAGCAAGCUAUUGCAAAAAAAGUUCAAAAAAUUACGCCAUGAAAUUUAAGAGGAAUAACGAUUUGUACUUUGUUAACAUGCAUUUAAAAAAGCUAAGUUCUGGCUUAUUUUUGAGAUAUAAAAUAAGUAAUUUAUUUACGCAUCCUAAAAACGCGUAAGGGAAUCCAUUAUGAUGUUCGGCUUUCAUGUGCAAAAUUUUCGUAGUUUUGUUUUUACGAUUGUCUUGAAUCAUGCCAUGUAAAUUGUAAAAAACGUAUAUAACCAGAUGACAAAAUAUGGCAACGAUAGACUGCAUAAUUUCGGCAAAAUAAGAGAUUUAAAAAGUGUCUUCGAGUUUCGCAUCAAUAUUUUGUUUUGAUUUAAAUUUCGCGCCUUCCCCGCUAGCCCCAGUCCUAAUUUGCAUCACACAUGUUUCACGCGAAUUACUGGCGUUUCGCCGCCCUAUCUUAUAAACGCCCUGGUUGAGUACAUCAUAAUUGAUGAAUACUCUAUGCUGGGUCAAACAACCAUAGGGUGGAUUGACAGACGUUGUAGACAAGCCACUGGCUUAAAAGAUAGUUUAUUUGGUGGUAAAUCUAUUAUUCUGAUUGCUGAUCCUGCACAGUUACCACCAGUUGGAGAUAAGCCCUUGUACCAUGACAAGUCAUCUAAUCCAAUAGCUGAACAGGGCUCUCUUGCAUAUAGAAUGUUUGACAAUGCAGUGGUACUUGAUGUUAAUCAGAGAAUAAGUGGUGGUGAUCGAAUAUGACCAAGUUGUAUUUAAAGGCAUUUUAUCAAGACUUCGAACAGGAAAAAUAAGUUUAAAUGACUGGAAAUUAUUUCUCACUCGCCAGCCAAGUGUUGUGUCUAACAUUAAUGAUUUCUUAAGUGCAACAAGGUUGUUUUAUAGCAAUGACGAAGUAGCAAAGUACAAUUAUGAACACUUAGUUAAGUUAAACACACCCAUUGCAGAAAUCCAUGCACGACAUUCCAGUGAUGAUGCUAAGCGUGUUAGUUCCCAAGAUAUGCUUGGUUUACACCCAUUUAUUUUGAUUUCCAAAGGAGCAAAAGUAAUGUUAACAAUGAAUUUAUGGGCAUCUGUAGGUUUAUGUAAUGGAUCAACAGGAACCAUCAUUGAUAUUAUUUAUGCAGAAAACCAUGCCCCACCUGACUUGCCUAUUGCUGUUUUGGUAAAGUUUGAUAACUAUUGUGGUCCUUCUUUUGCAAGUAUUCCCUCUAUUGUUCCUAUUCCACCAGUUACUGCCACUGUAAAUGUUCAAGAUAGCAUACAUGAAAGACAUCAAUUACCUUUAACACUCGCCUGGGCAUUGUCAAUUCACAAAAGUCAGGGUAUGACUUUGGAAAAAGCAUGGAUUGAUAUAGGAAAAACAGAGACCACUUUAGGAAUGACGUAUGUUGCCAUAAGUCGUGCUAGAAAUUUAUUGUCAUUAAUAAUCGAACCAAUGACGUUUGAUAGACUGACUUGAAUAAAGAAAAACGAAUCAUUACAAUACAGAUUGAAAGAGGAAAAACGACUCCAAGCAAUUGCCAACUUCACAAACUUAAUUGUAAUUCUGUUUGUGUUUCUUAUUUUUCAAUGUUUUUAUAUGUAAGCAAAUGAUUUCAAAAGUACGAUUUGUGAUAUAAAAGUUUCAAUUUGUUUUUAGUUGGACAAAUAUGGAUGAAAUAGGUGGUACGUAUGACAGGCUUGUAUAGUACUUCAUUAUAUGGGAAUAUAUAAUUUAUCUUCAUGCACUUUCUGUUAGAUGGUAAGAGUGCUAGAGCUAAUGUUAAAGUUUCUGAAAGUAAUUCGAUACUAUAUUAAGUAGAAACUGCAGUAUGAAUUAUAACAAAUAUAAUGGAAAGCUUCUCAAAAACAUGAUUUCCGAAAGCAUAAUAGAUUAUUUUUGUAACAUUGAUAUUUACUUUACCAUCAAGAUGACAACGAGCUUACUGGCAAUACUGCCUCACAGAAAAUGGAAAUCACCACGUCGAAGGGUAAGAAUUAAUAUCAUUUACUACCAUUCCUGAAGAAUUUCUACUACGUACAAUAUUUUUGCUUGCGUAUGUCAGCACUUGACUAUUCGUCUUAACAAUUAUAAAGUUACUCACAUUAUAUAAUAUGAAAAUGUUAUUGAACGAUACAUAUUUUCUUCUUAUAGAAGGUGGAAUUUCUAAAGCCAAAUUGUCAGAAGCUAGGUAAGCGAUUGCUAGAUACUCGAUUGACAAAUAAUCAGGAAGGUUUUCCAACACCGUGUAUGCCAGGUGAUUUUUGAAGCGUUGCGGUACUCUUAAAUAUUUUAUGAUCCGUUACAUCACUUAUUUACUGAUGUCGAUGGAAACAAUGUGUUUUGUGGAACAGAGAUUGGAGUGGAUCAACGAAACUCUUGACCUUGUCCAUUACAAAGACAUGAAACUUGAACUUUGAUACUUGAUAUACAGUUAAUUCAAUUAAGGUUGUCCUUUCAAAACCUUGAACCUAACACUCUGAACGCACAAAGGAUAACAACUUAUUGCUUGUAUAGACCUUUAAACCUUAAACUUUGGUUUUGCAACAAUACCUAAAGCAUGCAUGAUUCCUAUCACUGUAGUCUAUAGAAAAGGUUCUUCGUACAAAGGCCAUUUCCCGAGUUUACAGGCGUAAUUAAGCAAUAACCCAUCAUCCCUUGCGCGCUCAUAGUUUAUGAUUUACGCGUUUGGAAGGACAACCUUAAUUGAAAUAGCUGUAUAACAAUAUAUUUUAGCAAUUGAUAAAUUAUUCGGUUAAUGUAAUUACAGGGGAGUUAAAAACAAAAAGUAAGGUCGUCUUGUUGUAGAACCAACCCAAUGUUUCAAAUUUCAAAUUGAUCUUUUCAUUUCAGAUAAAUCUUUGAUUGCUUAUCUGCAUAACUUGUCCCCAGUAAAAAGAAGCCAGAGAGACAACUUGUGUUUCCAUAUGACAUUGCAAACGGAAAAUACGACGUACAGAUCAGUAUGUUUCUCUCCAGAAAAGCACCAAAAUUUUUUGGCCAAGUAUGAGUCGUCAUCGCUGCUAAAAAUUUCAAAGUUCCAGCUAAAAAGGAACGACAGAACAGAUCAGGACGAGGUGCACAUAAAUAAGAGGACCAAAAUGGAAGAUCCACUAGACUCCGGCGGAGGUAUCGUUCGAUAUCAAGGAGAUCGAAUCCGAAGAUAAAUGCAAGCCUGGGAUAACCACUGUCUCGGAAGUUAUGGAAGGAGAUACCAACGCUGUUGUGAAUGUUUGUGGCCGCAUAACGUUCAGAGGUAGCGAGGAAACGGUCUUGUCCAAAGGUAAGACACUUCGUAAACAGGAAGCUUUGUUUACAGACAACUCGGGCACAAUUCGACUUGUGUUGUGGGAGAACGAUAUCCAGCGGGUAAAAUCAUUGUCCAUUUUCAAAAUCUCCAAAAUUGUUGUUCGCGAAUACAAGAAGGUGAAGUAUCUCACCCUUAAUAAAAUAUCAAGGAUCGAUAAUUCGGAUUUCCUCAUCACAAGAGAGGAAGGUGAUGCUGAAGGCUUGCCGAACACAGAAAAAGUCGAAUGCCCUGCAGAAGGAGUUUCAUAUCUUCAGAGCUUUUCUUCCUGCAAAAAGUGCCAAACGAAACUAAUUCGAAAUUAUGAAAAACAAUUGGUUAAAUGCGCAGAGUGUGGUUUGGCGCAAUUAUUCCACAAAUGCCAGCAGCGUUUAAUCGCAAACGUCAUGUUCUUGAAGGCGGGAAAUACAAUAUCUCUGCUUCUGUGUGAAGACAAACUCAAACAACUGUAUCAUAUUUACACAAGUCAAGUCGCUGGAGGUUCCACGGAAAGCUUUGAAUCGAUUCUAUAACAGAAUUUCUGUUAACCGUUGAAGCUACUAUGUGCUACAACACCAAGAAAAACGUUGUGUCGGUGGACAAAAAAAACUGACAAAUAAGAUUCUUGUACCAUUGUAGUUAAUAGUUAAGUGCUUGGACAAUUUAGUGCUCACAUACAAUUGUGCUUGGACACAUUAUUUCUUAUUUUGUUUCAAGUUAUGUUAAAAUAGCAUUAACCUUGUUCAUUGAAGUAUUUCACCUCUUAGAGUUCCACAUAUCUACUUUUUAAUAUUAUACAACUUUAAUAUACAACCUUACAGAUCGUACUUUUGUUAGGUGCUUAUCAUCACUAUUUGCCUUUAAUGCCCGCAGCAAUCCCUACCUUGCAGGUACCCUAGUCUUUAAGUUUUUAUUAUUGCUGCGGAGCGAGCGAGCCUGAAGCGAGCGAGCGUAGCAGCAACCUAAUAUAUGCAGAGAGGGGGUUUUGAAGUAAAUUUUAUUUUGCGCAUGGAAUUGUGGUCGUGCGCGUGUAGCGGAUUGACCAAUAAGUUAAUUAGUAAUAGGCGUUUAUUUUGACAUAUUUAGGAAGUGACAUAUGAUACACUAGAUUGGUUAUUGUUUUGACGAGACGGCGUUUGUAUAUAUUUUAUUAAAUUAAACGAGGGUUCUUUAUAGCGAAGCAAAUUCGCUAUUGUAAAUUACAGAUUACAUAAAACGAAACUGUGUGCGACUCAUUGAAUUUUGUGUAGUUGCCAAACACUUUGUGAGGCACUCUGCUACAUUUUGGCACCUCCCGACGCGAUUCGACUUGCAAAGAACUACAACGUAAACAAUAUUAUAUUUUUGUAACAUGGAAAUUACGGCGGCGGAAAAAAUUGAGAUUGAAAAGAGUAGAAUUCUUACAAUUAAAAAGGGAAAGGAAUCACUUGAAAGUCUUACGGUGGCUCAGUUGGCUGAAGAAUAUUCAACGCGAUACAAGUGUGCUAUAGCGUGUUAUACAUGAAAGCGGAAUUUGUGUCUGUCGAAGCGUUUUUAAAAUAUGCGUGCGGGGUAAAUAUUAUCGAUGAAAAAGUGUGUUUGUCUACAAGCUCUACAAACAUUGCGUCUUCGAGUGAGAAAGCGACCGGUGAGACAUCUUCGUCUGUACAUUUAGUAUCGAAGCCUCAGUUCUCCCCAUUUUUUGGAUUUAGUGACGGUGAUAAAAAUAAAGGAGUCGCAUAUAAUGUUUGGCGAUUUGAAGUCGAGUCUGUAAUAAAAGGCGCAUUCUAUCCAGACGAAGUUAUUUUGGAGCAAAUACGACGUUCAUUGCAAGGAGAGGCGAAAGCAAAAAUUGUUGGGUUUGGUUCUGAAACAUCCUGUGAAUCUAUCUUGGGAAAACUAAAUCAGUUUUACAGCGAUGUCGGCGCGGCUACCGGAGAUAAAUUAUUGGCCGAAGCAUAUCAAAUGAAGCAAGGUGAGAACGAGGAAGUUGCAGCAUUCGCGUCGAGAUUAGAUAGUUGUUUGCGUUGGGCGAAAAGACGGGGCACAGAAAUCCUUCCAGACGACGAAUCGGUCGAACGACAGCUGCGAAUGUUAUUCUGGGGAGGAAUAAAAGAAUCGAUUAAAGACAAAGCUCGGCACAAAAAGGACAAUUGCAAAACGUUUGCAGAAUUGAUAACAGCUGCGAGAUAUGGAGAGAAGGAACUGGGCUCUAAUCAUUCGUCUCGAAAAUUCGCUCGAGCCAAUCAAGCCAUUUAUCAAUAGCCUGGCCAGAAGUCUCCACCCCAGCCACAUAAUGACGGGGAUAAAAAAGAGUGGAUAGCUCAGAUUUGCACUGCCAUGGCAAAGGAAGUCCGAGAAGUAUUAAAGGAUCAGGCAAAACCAACUGAUGCAAGAAAUGUGGGUAAUGAGCAAAGAGAUUACGACCGACGAUCGAGAGGAUGGCCAACCGAAGUACCGACCUGUUACCGGUGCGGACAAGCGGGUCACAUACAAAUUGGCUGCAGAAACCCCCCACUACGCGACGAAAGGUCGACGGGAAACGAACGAAAUUGGCUGCAGAAACCCCCCACUACGCGACGAAAGGUCGACGGGAAACGAACGAGGACCUCUGCCAAGAGGUUCUAAGCGCGAAUAUAAAUGCCCCCCAUCUCGAAAAAUCGGCAUAUGUUUUAAAAGAACUUAUUGGGGAUGCCACAGAGGCAGUUGCGUUUAUCAAUGGACAUGCUUGUCUUGCAUUGCUAGACACAGGUAGCCAAGUUACUUCAAUUGCGAAGUCAUUUUACGACAGACAUUUAUUUAACCAACCUAUUGAACCUAUCCAGAACAUAGUUCGUGUUGUUGGAGCUGGUGGACAAGAGGUUCCAUUCCGUGGAUAUGUUACCAUACAUGUCAGUUUUCCUGAAACCGAUGUCGGUAUUCGGGGUACUUUAACAACCCUUGCACUAGUUGUGCCCAAUAACAGCUAUAAUCAGAGAGUACCAGUUAUAAUCGGAACUAACUUAGUGAAACAAUGCAGAAACGCAUGUCAACAAAUAGCGGGCCAGAACUUCCUGCAAACUGCCAAAGUUUCAUCUGCUUGGAAACGAGUAUACCAAUUCGUCCAGUCACAGGAUCGAUUUCUUCAGCGACAAGACAGCUUUGGCGCAAAGGUAAAAUCAACGAGUCGUCAUCCAACCACUAUAGCUGCACAUGAAACGAAGAUACUUAUUGGGUUGGCAAACAGUUGUCCAGGAUCAUUAACCCAAGUUGUUGUGGACCCUUGUAGAAUCCGACAUAUUUAUAACCUAUUUUAUACCUAUCUUUUCUGUAUUUAGCCCUAUUUUUUCCGUAUUUUUUCAAAAAUAUGUCUAUUUUAUUACUAUUUAUCAAAUUUCAUAAAAUAGUAUAUGACUAUUUACUCCCUAUUUAAAAUAUAGGUUAUAUAUAUUUUUCAAAAAAAUAGCUUUGAAAUAGAUAUUCAAAUCCUAUUUGAAAGAGUAAUUGACGGAAUCUCACUAUAAAAUAGCUUUUAAAUAGCUUUUUAAUUCCUAUUGAUGACAAACGAGUCAGUUAGAAUAGUUUAAAUAGCUAUUUUUAAACUAUUUUUGCAUAUCUUCUUUGGAGCCAUUCUUAACAUAGUUAUUAAAUAGCAAAAUAAAUAGGUCUUAAAUAGCUAUUUGAUUCCUAUUCAUAGAAAAUUGUGGCGAACUUUGUUCAAAAUAGCUAUAAAAUAGCUAUUUUUAAACUAUGUUUGCUUUUAUUUUUGGAGAUAUUAUUGAGUAUUGUUAAAAUAGUUAUUAAAUAGGAAAAUAAAUAGAUCUUAAAUAGCUAUUUAAUUCCUAUUCAUAGAAAGUUGUGGCGAACUUUGUUCCAAAUAGGUAUUAAAUAGCUAUUUUUAAACUGUAAUAAUUUAUUUCUUAAGAUAUAUUAAUAUUAACAGUCUUACAACUUUCCUGUAGUGUCCGGAUUUAAAACUAUCGAUCAACGCUCGUCCACGCCACCUAUAUUUGCUAACGUCAGUCUCUAUAACGUCGGUCUCUAUAUUCUCUACACUAUUCCCCUCUAAAUUUAAUAGAUAACAAAGCUGCAAAAAUGCAGUACAAUUUAA